UUAGCUUAGCUUAGCUACUUUAGCUUUAACUAGCUUAGCUUCCAUCCUCAGCUGGCUCAUUCAUCUCUUUCCCUCUUCUUUCAUAGCUUAGGCUUGGACCCAAGAAAUCAUGAAAAGAGAUCGCAAUUGAAAAGUAGAGAGAAAAAUUCCCCCCCGCCCAUCCACUAUCUCUCUUUCUUUAUCUUUAACCCUAGAAAGCACCCCGGCCAGCCUGGGAAUUAACCCAUUUUUGUAGAUCUGUGUGUUUUUCAGAGAAGCUAAGCAUGCUGGAUUGAUCGGGGAGGAAAGGUUUUCUGGUUGUUCUUCUGGAAGAGAUAUGCGCCCAUUUUCUGUUGCUUCAUCUUCUCUCUCUUAUGGCCGACAGCAGCAAAGGGUUUGGUUAGAUGGCGGCGGGGAGGGAGAAGGCGGAGGGGGAGAGGCGGCGGGCGUGAUGAUGAUGAUGAUGGAGGGGGGCGGCGGCGGCGGCGGGGAGGUUAAUGGAGGGGAAGGCGGCGGCGGUGGCGGGGGAGAUGAGGCGGCGAGUAGUAGUGGGGUUUUGAUGGAGAAGGAGCAUAUGUUUGAUAAGGUGGUUACGCCGAGCGAUGUGGGGAAGCUGAACCGGCUGGUGAUUCCGAAGCAGCACGCGGAGAAGUAUUUCCCGUUGGACUCGUCGAACAACGAGAAGGGGCUUCUGUUGAACUUCGAGGACCGGAAUGGGAAGCCAUGGCGGUUCCGGUACUCUUACUGGAACAGCAGCCAAAGCUACGUGAUGACUAAAGGGUGGAGCCGGUUCGUGAAGGAGAAGAAGCUGGAUGCGGGGGACAUCGUUUCGUUCCAGCGUGGCGCCGGCGAGACGGUUAAAGAUCGUCUUUUUAUUGAUUGGAGGCGCCGUCCGGAUUCCCACUCCGAUCAUCACCACCGUCACCAUCACCUCGCGCCCAUUCCGGCCAUCUCGCUCCCGCACCACUUGCCCUUCCAGCGCUCCAUCCUACACUACCCUUCCGCGGCGGCGCCGCCAUGGAAUCAUCAUCAUCAUCAUCAUCAGGCUGUGUUAUCGCCGCCGCCGCCCCCAUACGGCUACACCUACGGAUUCGGGAGCACUCAUCACAAUUCUGUAAUUUUUAACGGCGGCGGCGGGGGAGGCGCCAGCGGUAGUGCGGUGGUGGUAAACGGAAACCCUUGUUCGUCGGGGAUUUAUCUGCGACCAAUGAGCGCCGCCCACCAGCAAGAAAUUAUGCAAAGAAGAGGCGGAGGAGCAAUGGUGUUCGAGUCGGUGCCGGUGGUCCAAGGCAAAGCUGCUGCAAAGCGACUGAGGCUAUUUGGCGUGAACAUGGACUGUCCCAUUUCCGACUCGGAUGACUGCGACAUUUUGUCUUCCUCCUCCUCCGCCGCCACCGCCACCGCCUCCAACUCCGCCGCUUCUCCGACAACAAUCCCAACUUCCCUUCAAUUAAGGCCCUGCGGCUACGACACCACCCAAGAAUUAUUGGAAUUAGCAGCUUCUGAUAAGCCCAACAAGUCCUCCUCCUCCUCCAUGUCCCUCGAUUUCGAUAUCUGAUCAGAUCAUCCAUUCCCAGAAUUGCAGAAAGAAAGAAACAAACAAACAAAGCAAGCUCUCCUCAACUCAACAUUUCUACUAGCAUUAUUAUUCAACAUAAACUUCUUCGUGUAUAAAAUCGUCGUUAUAAUACUACUACUCACCAUCUAAGAGAGAGAGAUCGUGAGAUAGAUCAAUACACUUCAAUUUCCCAUUUCUUCUUCAUCCUUAA